AUGCCCAUCACAGUAGCGCAGGUGGACUACUUCGAUGUUACAUUGGAUAGAGGUAUGAACGAGCCGUACAUAGGAGGCGAAGUAAUAAAGGGUGUGAUUGACGUUGGUUGUACUCGUGAAGUUCGGAUUGGUGGUCUUCUGGUACGAUUAACGGGUGUAGCAGAAACGGGCUGGCGAAACAAGAACAGCGAUCUUUCCUUCGAAUCUAGGCACAAUUUUAUGGAUGAACUGAUCGAUCUGACCACGUCAAUAGCGGAUCAUUGUACGGACGAGUUCUGUCUGUUGGAAGGCAGGCAUUCAGUAUCUUUUGAAGCACGUCUACCUAUGGAUGUUCUCUCUUCUGUUGGGCGACGACCUGUGGUGAAAGCUAAGCUCGCCGUGGCAUGGCUGCUUAGUUUGGGGAAAAGUCUCUUUGCCACUCCAGCAUAUUCACUGCCUCAGUACCCUGCACACUGGGCCCUGCCGUCUCAGACGUCGGACGGUAUGGCGACCGGUGAGAGGCGAUCAAAUCUCAGGUUGCUCAGGACGUCAUUGAUUCUGGACCAAGGCGACACACGCACGACUCGCCAUGGAGACUGUCUCAGACUGUGUACUUACAACGCGAGAACAGUUUCCACAGACGCCGACCUGCAUGCCCUUCUCGGAGCUGCAGAGCGUAUCAAAUUUCACGUGAUUGCCCUGCAGGAGACCAAGUGCAGAAGGAGCGACGUACGACAGAUGAAUGACGGUACACUCGUCAUUCGUGGAGAGAAGGUUCCGUCGCGAAAUGUAGGCGGUGUUGGUUUCGUUGUGCACCCAUCUGUCGUCCAUCUCGUCGAUUCUCACGAGAUCCUGUCACCUCGUCUGGCCAUUCUUCGCCUCCGCCCUCUGCGCCAAAAAUCCAUCAGUAUCAUCAACUGCUAUUCACCAACAUCAGCAGCUGAUGAUUCCGAAUUGGACGCGUUUUACGAGGAGCUGGAGGAAGUAGUCCACAACGAGAAGUCCUUUUACAAAUUCGUUGUCGGAGACUUCAACGCAAAACUAGGAAAGGCCACAAAAGAGGAAUACAGGAUUGGAAGAUUUGGACUAGGGGACCGGAAUGAAAAUGGCAAUCGUCUCGCCGGGCUGUUGUCCGCCGCUCGCCUCUUUCAUGGGAACUCUCUUUUCAUGAAAAAAGAUCAUCGUCGGUGGACAUGGGAAUCGCCCAAUGGCGCGACUCGUACGGAGAUCGACCACAUACUCACCAACCGGAGGUGGUGUCUACUUGACGUCUCAGUAGUACCAUCCUUUUGUAGUGGUUCUGAUCACCGUCUCCUUCGUGCGAAAAUACGACCUAGCCACACGAUGGAAAAGAACAUCUGCUAUCGGCAACGAAGGAGAAAAGAAGUCGUCUACGACGAUUGCGUACUCGAGGACUCCCUGUCCCAAGGUGACUGGCACAUCGAGGAGGACCCAAACGUGGACUACGAGAUGCUGCUCAGAGGAUUACGAGCCUGUGCUGAACGUGCCUCGAAGUCGCGCACGACAAACUUGGAUCGAAUUUCGAAGACCACCAAGGAAUUGUUAGGAAGAAGAAGGGCUUUGAGGCUUGAUCCGAAUGCAUCGCACAUUGAGCGGUUAGUAGCAAACACUAGCUGCAGAAAAGCGUUGCAGGAGGAUCUUUUGAAGUACAGGCAGAAGAAGAUUCUAGAAGCAGCACAAAGAAGAACGAGUCUAAAGAAGUGCCGCAGGGAUCUCCGCGAAUAUAAUAUUCCGCUAGCAACCUUGCUCAGCGAAGACGGGACUCGCACGUCUUCUCGUCGUGAGAUGGAAAUCAUUACGGAGAGGUUCUACUCGAACCUUUUCCGUUCAUCAACUCCUGUGUCAAGCCCAAUCAUCCCCACUGGCGAAGCUCCACCACGGAUUCUCCCUUCGGAAGUACGAGUCGCUAUCAAGAGCAUGAAACCUGGCACAGCCCCCGGACCUGAUUUUAUUUCAGCAGACUUUCUUCGGGCUGGUGGCCAUCCGCUUCAUGUAAUCUUAGCAGCGCACAUGACAUCCUAUCUUCAGAAAGAAAGGAUCCCAGACCAGUGGAAGACCUCGCGAACCGUUCUUAUCCAUAAGAAAGGUGACCGAGAGGACCUUCGGAACUACCGUCCGAUAUGCUUGCUGAGCGUGUUAUACAAAGUAUUCACCAAAAUCAUCCUCACACGCAUAUCUAGGACGCUGGAUGAAGCCCAGCCUCAAGAACAAGCUGGAUUCCGCCAAGGGUUCAGCUGCUUGGACCACAUCCAGACCGUGUCGAGGGUCAUAGAGGUUUGCCGGGAAUACCGCCUGCCCCUUGUUCUAACCUUCGUCGACUAUGAGAAAGCCUUUGACAGCGUAGAAACGAAUGCAAUACUGUCAGCGCUGGUCGAUCAAGGUGUGGACGCGUCGUAUGUGAGGACAUUAGCCAACUGCUACGAACGAUGCACGACUAGGAUACAGCUUUUCCACCGCCCUCUCACCAUACCCAUUGGAAAGGGGGUACGACAAGGCGAUACCAUAUCGCCGAAGCUGUUCACGGCUGCAUUGCAAUGGAUAAUGAAAUCACUAUCCUGGGAAGAAAGGGGCAUACGUGUUGAUGGAAGAUUUCUUUCGAACCUUCGUUUCGCGGACGACAUCGUUCUCUUUUCGAGCAGUACCAAUGAAGCAGAAACGAUGCUCAACGAAUUGAACGAAGCAGGGAAGAGAAUAGGACUACGAAUAAACAGAAAGAAGACACAGUUCAUGAAGAACGCGCACUGUGAGGACGGAGGAGUACAACUUGAAGGCUCCCAAAUCGUGGAAACUCCGUCAUACGUAUACCUCGGACGUUCUAUGAACAUGGAAAACGACUUGAAGGAAGAACUGAAUAGAAGAAUGAGAGCAGCAUGGGCAGCAUUCGCAGCCGUCAGGGAAGCUACGGACCAACUGACGGACCAUGAUCUUCGUGCCCAUCUGUUCGACUCGACAGUCCUUCCAGCGCUCUGUUACGCAGCGGAGAUGUGGGCAGACACCGCGGCCACGUCUAGGAAGCUACUUACUACCCACAGAGCCCUUGAGAGAUGUCUCCUGAAGUUUAACCGGCGCACACAACACCUUGCCGGUCUUCGUAGCUCCGACUUAAGAGGAAUGUCCCGUCUUCGCGACCCAGCGGAAUAUGUAUCGAAAGCAAAACAUAGAUGGGCCGGUCACAUCAUGAGAAGAAUCGACGAUAGAUGGACUAAAAGAACGCUAGAGUGGAUCCCAAGGGACGCUAAACGCCCCCGAGGGAGACCGCCAACGAGAUGGAGUGACGUGUUCGCUGCACGGAUGGACCAGCUGAGAGCUCAGCUGGAUACGGCUCAAGGACCUCGUCAACGUCACUCACGAAGCUUGAGAACAUCUUGGAUGACAAUGGCGAGGGAACGAAAUGAGUGGAAGAGAUGCUGGGGCCCGCACAUAGAUCGUGAUAAUUAUGGUUCGGUUCGUUACACGUGCACUGCUCUGAUGGCAAUCCCUGAAGAUGGAGAUACGGAGAUGGUGGCAGAGAAGACUUUCAAAGUCUAUCCAUACCUCAAUCUUGAUGCACCAUAUAUGCGUGACUCCGCGGCGACAACAGAAGAAGAGCUUAUCACCGGCUGUUGUGGUCGAAGGCGUGGAUCAAUCGUGGCAUCCAUGAAGGUCCAGGAAGUAGGGCUUUUGCCAGGGGAGACGACUAGAAUCACCCUCACUGUGGAAGACCGAACACGAGGAAAGCGAUGGCAACGCAAGAAGGGACAGCAUGAAUGCGUGUUAAUAUCACUUUGUCAACAGCUUGACUUCGUAUCCACGAAUCGAUAUGAAACGCAUUUGGUGGAUAAGAAGAGCGUAACCAUUGCCGUAGAGUCUCAUGGCACUUGUAAAGCUCGACCUGGUUCCGGUCCCGAAACCAAAGAGAUAGAGUUUUCUGUGCCCUCCGAUUUACCGCCAACGUCGAUACAUGCAGAUAGACUGGUCACAAUAAGCUACUUUUUCAAAUUAGAUCUUGACCAGUUCGACAUCAUCGUUCCUGUGAUCAUAGGCACAUCCAAAACGCCAGGAAAAAUCGAUUAA